AUGUUUCAGCCACACUCUCUAAGCCUAGACAUGGCCUUGUCUCCCCCAUUAACACUAAAAAAAAAACCUAAGCUGCCAUCGGGGGCGCGCGAAGCAGAAUGUGAUGACUGGGCAAACAAAGGACAGCAGGAAGCAUGUUGUCGCCGGGUGCGCGCUUUACUGCCCAGCUCAGAGCCGAGUAAUCGAGACGUGCUCGCUCACCGCGCCGCGCAGAGAGAGAGAGAGAGAGGGGGGAGGGGGAGUGGCAGCCGAAGUGCAGCGUGUGCUGGAAUGCGAGCCGAGUACACUUCUGCGAGGGUUUGCCUGCGAAAUCUGAUCGAUUGGUCGGUGAAUUCACGGUUACUACUCCUCGGAGUUUGA